ACCUUACGUCACAGUGACUUUUUGCAAGAAAAGCAAAAAAGUGUUUUGAUCAUAGGCAUUGCAUUUCAAAGUGAAAAUUAUAAAUUUAUAAUCAAAUUUAUCACAUCCACCUAUUGUUUGUUGACAUUAUCUACAUAUCUAUCUCAAGCAAGAUGUUGCUUCAAAGAUAUUUUAUUUGUAUUCUCAUUUUGUUUAUUGCUCAUGUUUUAUGCGAAAACAAAUAUUCAAAAUCGGCAAAUGAAAAAAAGAAUGACAAAAAGAAGAAUAAUAUAGACUUUAGAACACUAGAAAAACCAUUCAGAAUGAAUAAAUUAAAUCUUUUGUGGUCUAAAGCUCAACAUCGACUAACAGAACCAAAACUGAAGUCUCUGUAUAGUGACUUGAUGAUUCAAGACAAAGAAGAAAUUACAUACAAAAGGGUCAAGAGCGAAGGCGGCGACAAGGAAGGGCUAAAGGAGGCAGAGUUGAGGCGCAAGCUGACUACUAUAAUGAAUAACUUUGGCUUACGGGAACAUUUUGAAGAUGGUGCUGUUAGACAAAAAGACCAUCCAUCACACAAUUCUGCCAUUGAUGACCACAUAAACAGGAGCAUAUUCAAGGACAAAAAACUGAAUCAGUUGUGGGCGAAAGCAGAGACUUCUGGAUUUACCAGCGAGGAGCUAUCAGCUCUAAAAGAAGAAUUCCUUCACCAUCAGGAUAAGAUUGACCAGUACUAUGAACUACUAAGUGAUGCUAAAGAUGGGAAGAAGGAUACUUAUGACAAUGCAAUUAAUGAGGAAGAAAUGGAACGUUUCAAUGAGAUCACUGGGGACACGGACACAAAUGAAAUCAAGAAGGACUUCACAGACAAGACCAAUAUGAUCAGGGACAAGCACCGGGGCCUGCGGGAUGGGUUUGACAGGCUGCAAAGAAAGACAGCUCAAGGCCCAAACAAUAAAGAAUUCAUCGAGCCAAAAGUACAAGGGCUGUGGCGCAUGGCGACGGCUGCUAACUUCACUGUUGAUGAACUGGAAUCACUGAAGGUGGAACUGCAGCAUUACGAGUCCCGCCUAUUGAAGCUGAGGGCGCUACACGCUGAUCAUGUAAGAAACACUGAGAAAUUCGAUAGCAAGAAGGCAGCCAACGGCGACAAGAUGGACUAUUUCGAGGAGCAGCAGCGGUCCAUCAAGAAGCACCAGAGGAAAGUGGAGAAGAUGCACGCCGACAUUGAAGGCAAGAUUCUUUCGAAGCACUCAGAGUUGUGAAGUGUUGUGCGGCGUAAUCUGUUCAUAUUACAUAAGGCGUAAUCUGUUCAUAUUACAUAAGGCGUAAUCUGUUCAUAUUACAUUGUUAUGAGCCUUUUUUGUGCGUAAGAAGGGAUUUGGUUUUGAUCUAAUGUUUUUGGAAACACAGGAAAAUGCACAUGUUUCCAUAUAAUUUUGCAUAUAUCCUCCAUUUAAUUUUUAGUACAUAACUUAAAUUUGUGCGAAUAUCUCUUCACUUGUAGUCAAAGCAAUUUAAAAUACUUGGCUGUAAUAGAAGUUCCCUUUUGAGCUGACAUUUUGUAAACCAGCGUAUAUGGUAGGUACUUAACCAAAGUUAUAUUCCUCCAGUACAUAAUAUGUCAUGUAUUAAACCAAUAUUGUGUUUCGUGAUCAACUAAUUAUUAUCGUGAUCCUAAUGCAUUUAAUAUUAUUUUUUAAAAUAAUUUUAAAGAUUUGAGUAGUACACAUAAUCAUUAUUACGUAAAUAAAAUCUAGCCAAAUUAAGGUCCUAUUUUAUUGUAGUCCUAUUAUAUUUUGAAUAAUGUACAUAUUUAUGUAAAGAAUCUCGUUUAAGAAUUUGUUCUAAUUAGGGAUAACGUUAUUAAUGACACUAAUAAAUGAUGUAUUUUAUGUAAA